AAGCACGGGGCGGCUCUCCAGAGAUCCCUGAGUGAGCUGGAGAACCUCAAGUUGCCGGCCGAGAGCGGGGAAAAGAUCAAAGCGGUCAACGAACGAGCCACCCUCUUCAGGAUCACCUCCAAUGCUAUGAUAAAUGCCUGCCGGGACUUUCUGGAUCUUGCAGAGGCCCACAGCAGAAAAUGGCAACGAGCCCUCCAGCAUGAAUGUGAGCAACGCAUCCGCCUGGAGGAGACCAUCGAACAGCUGGCCAAGCAGCACAACAACUUAGAACGGGCUUGUCGGGGGGCGCCCAGCCUCUCCGUGAACCCCGCUGCUCACGCAUCCCAAGGAGGAAGCGUGCAGAGUGGAAAAGGAGAACCGAGUGAUGAAGAUGAGGAGACGGAAUACUUUGAUGCUAUGGAAGACGCUCACGCUGUCAUCACAGUAGCUGCAGAGCCUUCAAAACAUCACCGGCACACCAGCAGCAAAAUUAGCGUGGCCAACGAGGGCUGUUCGGAGGAUUGGAACUUGGGCGAUAGCGCGUUCGAGGCCUCCACUCACUCUGGCCUUGGUUCUUCAAGCAAGUAUGGAGUCACCCACAAGGAGAGGCGUACUCAGAUCCCAGACAAGCCCAACUACAGCCUUAAUCUCUGGAGCAUCAUGAAAAAUUGCAUCGGUAAAGAACUCUCCAAGAUCCCCAUGCCGAUCAAUUUCAACGAACCCCUCUCGAUGCUGCAGAGGCUGACGGAGGACAUGGAGUAUCACGAGUUGCUGGACAGAGCGGUCAAGUGCGAGAACGCCAUCGAGCAGAUGUGCUUCGUGGCCGCCUUUUCGGUGUCUUCCUACUCGACCACAGUCCAACGGACCGCCAAGCCCUUCAACCCACUCCUGGGCGAGACCUUCGAACUGGACCGCCUGGAAGAGCUCGGCUUCCGCUCGCUCUGCGAGCAGGUGAGCCAUCACCCCCCAGCAGCUGCUCAUCACGUCUACUCCCGGCGAGGCUGGACGCUGUGGCAGGAGAUCACCAUUGCCAGCAAGUUCCGUGGCAAAUACCUUUCCAUCAUGCCACUGGGCACCAUCCAUCUCGAAUUCCACUCCAGCGGCAAUCACUACAUCUGGCAAAAAGUCACAUCCACGGUUCACAAUAUUAUUGUGGGGAAACUCUGGAUUGACCAGUCCGGUGACAUAGAAAUCCUCAACCACAAAUCAAAAGACAAAUGCCAGCUGAAAUUCACCCCCUACAGUUACUUCUCCAGAGACAUUCCCCGGAAGGUGACGGGAGUGGUGAUGGACGCCGAUGGCAACGAGCGAUACGUCAUGUCCGGCACAUGGGACGAGAAGAUGGAGUGUUCCAAGAUCAUAGAAGCCAGCCAGGGAAACUCCAUUUCGGAAGGCAAGCUUCCGAAAACGGUCUACCAGACCUUGUCCCCCAAGGUCCUGUGGAAGAAAUACCCCCUCCCAGAGAACGCCGAAAACAUGUACUUCUUCUCCAAACUGGCGCUGACCCUCAACGAGCCGGAAGACGGUGUCGCUCCCACGGACAGCCGCCUGAGGCCCGACCAGAGGCUAAUGGAGAACGGCAAAUGGGACGAAGCCAACAUGGAGAAACAGCGGCUGGAAGAAAAACAACGGGCCGUACGCCGGCACCGGGAAGUCGAAGCAGCUGGAGCGCUGGCAGAAGGCAAGGACUACAGAGGCUACAUCCCGCUGUGGUUUGAGAGGAAGGUCGACCCGGUGACGGGGGAGCUGAUGUGCGUGUACAAGGGCGGCUACUGGGAGAGCAAGGAGAAGCAGGACUGGAGCCAGUGUCCCAGCAUCUUCUGAGCUGGGCUCGUUGGGUGCCGGGCGAAGCCUCCGCAGUCAGCCGCGGGACGAAGCGCCCCUUGGGGUAACUCCCCCCCUGCGUCCCCCUCCCCAGCCACCUGUCGGAGAAUCGCGCAGAGAUUCAAAUAAAUCCCGAAUUGAAAAAAACAAACACACAAAAGCAAAGAAAAACACAAACAAAAACAAAACAAAAAAAAAGAGUAAGACGAGGCAAAACCAAACAGGGAUUCCAAAAAAAAAAGAAAGAAAGAAAGAAAAAAAGCUAUUUUUAUGCACUAAUAAAAUGGCGUAUGAUUUUUUUAAGUGACUUUUUUAAGCUUACCAAUUAGGAUUGAGGGGUUUUUUUUUUCUCGUUAGCCAGGGUUGUUGUUUUUUUCUCCUUUAAAAAAAAAAUUAAAAAAUAAAUGCUGUCUCUGGGGUGGCCAGCCAGCUUCUCUUUUGAGGCCUUGGUUUCGCUAAGUUCCAAAGAUGCGCCUCUUGUAUUGGAAACGACUCGGAAGGAGACGUAUUAAACCCACGGUGGAGAAAUAUUGUUUACGUUCCCAGGCUGGCUGUGUUUCAAGGAAGGAUUUGAAAGGUUUUAUUUUUCCUCUUGUUUUUCAACAUUUGGAGAAAACAGGGAAGGCAGCCAUAGCAGAACCUGGCUUCCCUCAAGCCUUCCUUCCGACGGCAUUUUCCUCUUAUUUGCUUCAGAGAUCUCAGCCCAGGGAGCGCAGGCAAGGAUCCAAUCGCUUAGGAUUCCCCAAUCGGUUGAAUUGGGGGCCCGUUUUCGCCUUUCCGGCACUUUGUAAAACUCUGCUGGUUGGUUUGCCCUGUCUUGUGGAGCCAAGUUUCCAUCACUAACAUGGAAUAUAUGGAUUUAGAGCUGGCACCUAGAGAUUAAUGCCCCAGCAAGCUUUGGGAAGCUCUGGGCAAUUUGCAAGCGCAAACACCGUGUUUGUUUGAAAGCACAUUGGUGCACACACGUGCGCUGGCCAAGUCCCAUCAUUCGCAUGGAAUAUUUGGAUUUAGAGCGGGCACCCUGGAGAGUUGCAGCCUGGGUUAAUGCCCAGCCAGCUCUGGGAUAGUCUUGGGCAUAAGUUGCCUUUGCAAACUCGGCCACCCUGUAUGUAGAAAGCACAUUGGUGCACGCACUCUCUCUCUCGUGCGCGCGCACCAAGAACCCUCUUGCCGUUUUAAGAUCUUCUUCCUCGGGUGAAGAAGAGAAAACUGGCAAGGGCAAAAGAUCCAGCCAAAUGCCCUCCUGGGUCCGAUCAGCUCAGGGCAUCCUGGGGUCACCAGCCUAGCUACCUCCCGUAGCAAACAUCCCAUUUGCAGCCGGAUGAAUUGAGAUACGUUUCCUCUUGUCUUUCUCCGCUGCAGACUUUUGCUCCAUCCUCUGCUUGCUCAGAGUUGGCCCCGGGGAGAAGCCUUGCCGGAAUCCCUGCUGGCAGGGGGAUUCUGGGGGCUGCAGCCCCAGUUAAUCUGGGGGGGCAUUGGCUGCUUGCAUUGGGAUUCUUGGCACCAAAUCCACUGUUUCUCAACCUCAGCGUGGCUAGCCAGGGAAUUCUGGGAGUUGAAGUCUUCCCGUCUUAACGUUGUGGAUUCCUGCUGUACGGGAUCUUAUUUCCCGUUUUUUUCCUAGCUGAUCCUUCCCCAGGUCCGGCCUGCUUAGGGGCUCCCUGAAACAUCUGGUGCUUGGAGAAGCCCCCUCCCUUUGAGCCCAACAGGACAGGCAACUAAAGGGCCCCCGAGUGCAGAAACAGACCCCUCCCCACUGAAAGUGGCAUCCCAUCACCGCUCUCUGAGAAGUGGUCCAUUUCAGUGGUGACAUUUAAUUUUUUUCCCCCUACCGGUUCCAUGGGCGUGGCUUGGUGGUGGUGUCCUGUGACUUAGUGGGCAUGGCCAACUCAAUGUCACUCACCCCCACUCAGUCACAUGAUACCCCCCACACCAAGCCACGCCCACAGCACCCGGCAGGUAGGAAAAAAUGUCUGUAUGAGCACGAGAAGGGCUCAUAGUGAAUGCUGUGGCAGAGAGAAUCCGAAUUUUUCUCCCUCCAUUCACAGCGGAGCUGCUGCUCCCUUUAUGGUCCUCCUCGCAGCCCCCUCCCUCCUGGGGGUCGAAUUACCUUAAAAGGGACAGCUCCGCUGUGAAUGGAGGGAGAAAAGUUCGGAUUCUCUGCUGCAGCAUUUAACGUUGAGCGGGCAACCACGCAGGCAUGGACAGGGCCAACUAGGGGUGUUUUAUACCAGUUUGGCGAACUGAUUCAAAUCGUCCCCACCGGUUCGCCCAAUCCGGCCCGAUCCGGUUGAAUUUCACCCUUGGUCCAUUUAUCUUCUGGGGGAAGUAAACAAGCAAUAAUGGGGAUUUUUUAAAAGGGGUCUUAAAAAAAACCUGGCUUCCAGAGUGCUAAAGGCACGGCAGGAUCCACUGGCCGAGUCCCCACACACCCCUCCCUAUCCCGGAAGACCCAUUACACGCUCACACACCCGGUAGCAAUACAAAUGUAGACCUGUACACACAAACACACCCCUUGUAUAUGGAAUAACAAUAGCGACUGAACAUCGGCGUCCUCUCGCCGCUGAUGGCAGCGUACCUUUAACCUUUAUUUAUUUGUUUCUAAUUUAUAUGUAUGAUAUCUAUAAUAUAUGUACACAAAUAUAUAUAUAUAUAUAUAUAAAAUUAUUUUGUUUAAAUUUGUAUGGGUGUGUAACUAGAAGAAACGGAGAAAUGAAGACGGAGUCUGUCCGUCUGAAUCUUUUUAUAGUACAAAUAUGUUUCGACACGUUUCGAUCUUUUCAGGGUACUACAACGGCCUCCGUCUACCCCACCCCGUCCCCUGUUUUUGUUUUUGUUUUUUUUUAACUAAAAUUAAAUAGCCGAUCGGAAGUACAAACUGUGCUGCCUCCUAUAGAAUUCAGGAUCCACGCACAAAAAAUGUAUGAUGGAUUAUGGCCAAAGGAUGACCGAUUGUAGAAUUGUUGGGUCUCGUUUGACCCGGAAUCAAAAAGACAGAACAGAUUUGGUAGGCCAAAUUUUCUACAGCAACCGUUCUCGUGUAUGGACUUCAACUCCCAGAAUUCCAAACUGGGGAAGUCCACGCCUCCUCUUGAGAAAUGCUGUAGUAGAGAAAAAUUUCAAUUCUAAGCUCCCUGACUUGGUGUUCUCCGAAUGUGUUGAGUUUCUCGGGGGGUUUCCCCGUCCUGAACGGGAACUCCAGCUGGGAUUAACCGGAAGCUCGUAGGUCAACACAUCUGGAAAACAUCAUCUUGAGGAUGGUGUCAGAUUCCCGAAGACCUUUAUGGAGCUGAGGACUGGAGUUUUUCCAAGCCAGGGUUUGCUUGAAAAUCUUUUGUGCAUUGGCAUGCAUGAGUGGAAAUGAAGGAAUUAUUUGGGGAAAGGAAGUUGUCUGGAUGGCUUUACCAAGUAGUUCCACCUGCAACAGCAAACACUGAUAAAACAAAAGAAGAUUAUUGUAAAAGUUUGCAUAAAUUUAUCAUUGAGUCGACAAGGAUGUUCUGGGAAGUUUUUCUCUUUAAAAAAGAGGAAAGGAAGGAAAGGAAAUAAAUUCCUGGAAGGGGGGAAAGGAAGAAUGAUGGCACAAAAGGAAUUUUCCUGAUACGUUUGAACGCUGGGCACGCCAAAUGUCUCAGGCAGGGUUUUAAUUUCGGGAAGAAAUAAUUUCUUUAGUUUCUUUAAAGCUGAUAGGUUUCCUGGUUUUAAAAUGCAGCCUUGUGGUAGCUGCUCCAUCACUGGAGCCUUUUAAAAAGACUCUGGGCAGUCAUUUGUCGGGAACGGUCUAAGGCUGUGAUGGCGAACCUAUAGCACGCGUGCCACAGGUGGCACACGUAGCCAUAUCAGUGGGCACGCGAGCUCAGCUCCGGCCCGCAUGCAUGCACCGGCCAACUGAUUUUCGGGCCUUCCGGUCCCACCGGAAGUUGGCAAAUGAGCCAUUUCCGGCCUCCGGGGUGGUGGGGAAGGCUGUUUUUGCCCUCCCCAGAUGCCUAGAAAGGCUCUGGAGCCUGGGGAGAGAGAAAAACGGGCCUACUGGGCCAUCGCAUGCCAGGAGGGUGGGGAGCAUGGGGGGGGCGUCACGAGCCCAUGUGCGGGUUGGGAUUGUGGGUAUGGGAACACACGUGCGCGACCCUCCCGCGCUCUCCCCGCUCCUGGCACGCGAUGGCAAAAAGGUUAGCCAUCACUGGUCUAGGGUUUCCUGCUUGGGCAGGGGGUUGGACUAGAAGACCUCCAAGGUCCCUUCCAAUUGUUAUUCCGCCUAAGGACAGUUUUUAGUUCAAGGCAGUUUAGAAAAUUUACAAAGAAAAUAAAUUAAAAUCACUGGAGUUUUUUUUUUUUUUUUAAGGAGAGGUCGGACAGCCUUUCGUCCAGAUUAGUCCUCUAGGCCUGAGCAGGGGGUUGGACUAGAAGACCUCGAAGGUCCCUUUUCCAACUCUGCUGUUUUGUUAACUCUGUUGUUCUGCUCGUCUCUCAGUUUUUAUUCUGUAUUCCUCAAAAACGACGACACUCAACCUUUUGUUAACCCAGUAAUGUUUUUUCAACCUUGGUAACUUUUUAAGACGUUUGGACUUCAGCGCCUGACGUUGGAUAGGGAAUUCUGGGAGUUGAAGGGCCCCCCCUAAUCAUAAAGUUGUCGAAGUUGAGAAACUACGGAGUUAACCAAUUUGUCCAGAGGUUAUUAUGCGAUAGGAAAGCACACAUUGCAGAAACAUGGAUUGGGUCAUUGUUGUCUUCAGGUGUCUGUUCUGUGUCCAGCGAGGGAUUUUUAUUUUUAUUUUAAUUUUUUUUGCAACGGCUCUCAAUAGACAAUGCAGCAUGUCCAGGAGCAGGGACAUGCAUUGGACUUUCGAAGCAAUUCAAGCCACGUUGCAAGGAUCUACUCUUCCGCGGGUUCACCUGUGUAUCUCCAGCAUCCCCUCCACAAAUCUUCCAAAAAUCGGAGCCACAAACUGUAGCAUAUUUUUUUUUUCCUUCCUGAUUUUAUAUUGUAAAAAUCUUGAGCUGAUGUAAUGUUUUCCUGUCUCUUUUCUCUCGGUUCAGCUUUAAUUGUGUUAACAAUAAAAGAUACAGGGCUCUCUUG